UUCAACGCUCAUUGGUUAGAUUUGCGGAAAGCUUUAUGGGAUAUUUUGAGUGUAGUUUUUUCUUGUCGUUUAGGGGUGUGUUAAUACACAUUUAAAACUACACUUCCCAUAUUUCAUUUACAAUAUUUUCUGUCAAGCCGAGAAGGUCACACGCGUGCUUUUGAAUGUAGGAGCUAAUGUCUAACAACCCGUAGGAAAGAAACGUGUGGCAGCAAAUACAGACUUUAUGCAAUUCAGUAAGGUUGGCAAAAAAAAAAAUUAUGUUAAAACUUUCGGUUUUAUAAAAUGCUGCAUCUAAUUAGAUAAGGAGCAACGGCCACAAAUAGCGUGUCGAGUAAGUUCUCAGCUAGCUCUCCUUAAAAACAUCACAGCUCACUUUAGUACCAAAAUGUUACGGAGCUUUGUUAGACUUCACAGUCGUUUUGGAAACCCCCUUUUAUUUAGUAAAGUGUGUCCUAGAAGUCAGCAGUCCCACUUUUCAUUGAAAUAUUCAACAGCAGCAGCAGUAGAGAGAAAACGGUUUUAUCGAGAUGUCAGUAUAUCCCAGUGUGAUGGUGGUUUGUAUGAAAUAAACCUAGAUCGACGGAAACUAAAAACUCCUGGUGGAAAGCUGUUCACAGUACCAAAUGAAGCUCUGGCAAUUGGUGUGGCAACUGAGUGGGAUGCUCAAUGUGACACACUCAAGUUUUACACGAUGCAUCUGACUACACUUUGCAACACAGCCCUGGACAAUCCCACCCAACGCACUAAGGACCAAAUGAUCAACGCUUCUCUGAAGUUUCUGGAAACUGACACUGUCUGUUACAGAGUAGAUGAGCCCCAUGGUUUGGUUGAUCUUCAAAAAAAUGAAUGGGAUCCUGUUCUACACUGGAUCGAGAACAGAUAUAAUGUCACUAUUGGCUCAUCAUCCAGUAUUAUGGGUCCUGAGAUUCCAGAAGCAACCAAAGACACUUUCCGACAACAUCUCAAGUCUUACAACUUUUGGUCACUAACGGGAUUGGAAUUUGUGAUUACACAACUGAAGUCUAUUGUACUGUCAUUGGGGAUGAUUGACAGACAUCUGUCUGUAGAAAAGGCUGUGUUGCUCUCCAGGCUGGAGGAGGAAUACCAGAUCCGGCAAUGGGGAAAUGUGGAGUGGGCCCAUGACUACGAUAUGUAUGAGCUGAGGGCACGGACUGCUGCUGGAGCCCUUUUUGUUCAGCUCUCAUCUGAGAGUUCAACUGUCAAACACAAACUAAUGCAGGACUGAAAAUAAUAAGGACCCUGAAGCAGAAUCGGGUUAAACAUUCUACAUGAAACUAAAAAUGUUCCACAGUCCUCACCAAGUCCAUGCUUCUUUAUCUCCUCAUACAAACACAACUCCAUCAUGUUCUUCUAGCGCUGACAGCUGCUCCGUUUGUGAUCUGUUACAGAGUCAUCUCACUGUAGUAAAACACACUGGCAGCCCUUUUUGCAGUGUUUAUAUGUGGCAGCUGCCAAAUGUGGCACCACACUGAUCUUCCAGUCAGUUCUCAGUCAUCUGUGACAUUUUGGACACUGUGCAUGGUUUUAGGAGAAUGAUGACUAAUGUUGUCUGUUUGGUGCUGGAAUGUUACCUCCAUUCCUGGUUUAUUUUUGUUCGCUACACUCAAUGCAAAGCACAUAUGCUGUCUAGUAGCAUAGAUCAUUAAUAUUAGCUGUGCUCUUUGUGUAGUGUUUGCUAAAGGUAUGUACUAUGUCAGAACAGUCUGUUAACUUCAGUGAGACAUUCUGCUAUCAAAUUACUUUUCUGUUAUUUACACUGUAUGACUGCCAUUUUCAGUAUGGUAAUGAGCUAAAAAAAAAAAAAAGUGAUAGGAAAAGACUGAUUUGUGUGAUGGAGUUUUACAGUGUAGAAAUAUCUAAAUUGAUUGCAUUCUCAUUCAGUGGCUCUUUCUAUGUACACAAACUUUUCCUGUCAAAUGAGGCAAACAAUAAAAAAUGCCGUUAUACUGA